UUCCGGGUUUCCUAUUCUGAAAAAUUGGCAGGAAAUUCCUUGCAAAAUGUCCGCCUGUGCUCUCAAUAAAGGUUUUCCCUUGAAUUUAGUUGUUGCACGUUGUCCCUCGGGGGGUAUAGGCAUAAACGGGAACCUGCCAUGGAAACUAAAAGGUGACAUGGCUUUCUUCAAACGGAUCACCAUGGAAACCAAGGAUGCAAACAAACAGAAUGUUGUGAUCAUGGGUCGUAGAACGUGGGAUUCAAUCCCUGCCAAAUUUCGUCCACUUCCGAAUCGGAUUAACGUGGUACUGAGCAAAACGCUAAAAGAAGCACCAGCUGGGGCGAGCUUAGCCAGCAGCCUUGACGCAGCCUUGGACCUCCUUGCCAAGCCGCCAUUGGCCGAGAAAGUCGAGGGUGUCUUUAUCAUCGGAGGGCAUUCCGUCUACAAGGAGGCGCUAGAAUCAACGGACUGUCAUCGUGUUUAUUUGACAGAGGUUUUGAAGGAGUUUGAAUGUGACACAUUUUUACCUGAGAUUGAUGUGGAAAAGUUCCAGCUUGUAAGUGACCCUACAGUGCCAUCUGGUGUUCAGACUGAAAACGAGAUUGACUACAGGUUCGACGUUUGGGAGGAAAGGGACUAGUAGUGGUACACAGAGGUACAGAUGUGCCUGAUGUCAUAGGGUCAAACCCACACUCGAGCGAGAUGAACUGUUGGUCAACCUCAAUGGUGUAAAUGCUGAAUUAUUGAGAACAUGAAACUGUUGGAGUGGACUUCAAUUCAAAAAUUCCUCAUCAGCCCUCUGGGCAUUUGUCUAGUUUUCAAAAAUGUCAGCCUUAAACAUGCUACCUCACAAAAUGGCAGCUGGAUAUUGUCACUGGAGAAUGAAUUGUGAAAUGACGUGUGUAGAUAAAUAGCGACGAUAUAAAUUUGUCAUCAAAAGUUUGAAUACAUGUAUGUGGAUGUGCCCAAAUUGUGAUUCAAUUGGAAAUGCAGUAGAACCUCUCUAUUAAGGACACCCUCGGGACUGACAAGUGCUGUCCUUUAAAGAGAGGUGUCCUGAUUAGAGAUGUCAAAUUGAAUGGAAACACCCAAUUCGGGACCAAAACUAGUGUCCUUAAUAGAGAGGUUGUCCUUAAUGGAGGUUGUCUGAUUGAGCUGCACCCGUGCAUCUGAGACGCAUAAUAGGCCUCGAGUGGCUAAAUAGCGUCAAUGAAGUAUGUGAUUUUCAGUCAUACCAGUCGGCAUUUUAGCAAUUUUCUUGGUGUGUUGAUGAAAGGCUUUUCAUCAAAGACUCUCCGUCUCGAGUUUUUGUAAUGACUUGCCUUACUAAAACCCACUGACUCCACCAGGAGCAUAUGUCGUUCACAUUCUUUCACCACCUACAGUCAUAGCAAAUGUGCUUGUAUGUUAUUGUUUGAAGUAAUUAACAAAUCGGACCUAAUGAAAAUAAAGAUUGUUAUCAUUUUUUAUACAGGA